UGUCCACACAUUGACCAUCCCCUCAUACGGACCGUCUUUUGAUAGAUAGUAUACUCUUAUUCACGUCACGAUCGGAUCGCAAAUAAAAAAGUUUUGAUUCCAUUUUUGCAGUUAUCACUUUUGCAUGAUGUGAAUUUUGAGAUGGACAACAGCAAGAAGAAGAAAACCAAAAAGAAAGAAAAUGUUCAGCAUAGCUUUUAUUUUUAUUUGGUGCUGAGAUUUUUAGCAGCAAUUUUUUGUAUUAUUGUAAUAUUCAUAAUUGGACUCAGCCAGUAUUGGACUAACCGAGUAUCAGCCGUAUUUGGACUGCUAUUCGUAAUCAUUGCACUACUGUUUUCAGCUUCAGCGGUGUCUAUAUUAUUUAUAUGGGAUGUUGAAACUACAACCAUAGUUAAGAGAUGUCUAUUCACUUUUGUUUUUGCUCUUUCCAUUCUCGUCUCUGCAAUUCUGUUUUUAAUUGCCAAUGAUGGUUGUGACUCCCGAGCAAUAACUCAAUACGGAUGUUAUCAAUCAGUUUCCACUGGAACAUUCCAAGUUGCUUCAGUAUUUUGCUUUUUGGUUCUAGUAUUUGGACUUCUGGAUCUAGGCCUGAAUGCCUUCUAUUUUUAUCGUAAUUCAAAAAAGGCGCCAAUUUAUGACAUUCCGCCACCGUCUGUUGCCGUCAUCGAAACGGAAAAAAGUAUACAUGACAUUUACAUGGAGUAUCAACGAAAAGGGCAAACAAGUUCUGUUUAAUGGAAAAGUAAUCAAAUAAUUAUCAAUGCUCAACUUUAAAUUCACUUUCUCAUAAUAAUUUGUAUAUAUGAAACAUUAAUAAAACAAUUUUCUGAUUCAGUUA